AUGUCUAUGAUGCCUAUUUUGUCGAACCUGACACUAUUACGCUGGUACGAAAAAAAUUCCGAGCUGUGGAAGAUAAAAUCUGGUGGCCACGACCGAACUACAGUAAUCCAGAAAAAUUUCAUUUUCAGACUCGUUUGGAGGUUUUCAACACAAAAAUGGUCGAAAAGCAUUUUAGGUUACGGUAGUUGUCGUUCUAGAACCAUUUAUCCUUUUCUUGAAUGUAUCAUGAGACUGGCAGGAGGUUUGCUGGCUUUAACUAUAAUCUUAACUUCUGAAUUUAUUCUCAUGGCGGAGAGCUGCUUGGCAACUUCGUCUGCACGCGGUCCUUUCGUGACCAGCACUUCAACAACGACGUCUUCUACUACUUCUAGUACUUCUACAACUACAUCUACAACAACAACGACUCCAACUACCACUACUACGCCAACUACUACCACGACUCCAACCACGACUACAACUACAACUCCAACGACAACAACUAGCACAACGUCUACAACUACAACCACUACACCGAGUACGACGACCACUACGACUCCAACAACUACAACAACAACAACAACACCAACUACGACGACAACCACGACACCGACAACCACGACCACUACUACUACAACCACUACAACAACCCCAACUACCACGACGACUCCAACUACAACCACGACUACAACUCCAACAACCACGACGACAACAACACCAACGACGACAACGACUACAACAACAACUACUACUACAACACCGACAACCACUACUACGCCCACCACUACGACCACUACCACACCAACAACAACGACUACUCCCACUACUACAACGACACUCAAUCUUCGGACGUGUCCUACCGAUGGUUUGACGCUCAGCUCUGGUGGCAGCGGAGUGAUGAUACCAGUAACAUCUUCAGGGUUAACUAUCACCCCAAUAGCUAACACUAUGGACACAAUUUCUACAAUGACAGUAUCUUGUACUGCUAGCAACGGGUUGGUUGCCUUCAUGAUAUUCGACCCGAGUGGUAAUCCGGUUGAAAACCAAAACAAUAACGGGAAUCCACAAACCGUGGCUAUUACUGUUUCUUGUACUAGUGUGGAGGAGAUAUGGAACUAUGUUGUUGUAUUCAAUGGAAUACUUUAUGAGAUACCGAUAACAGGAUCCGGUAAAACACAUUUACACGCUUCCAAGUGUGACAUCAGAUCGUCAAGAGCUUUACUUUAUUCAAUGGUGUUUUCCUUUUUUGAUCUUAUUCUUAUGGUGGAGGCAUGCAUGGCAUCGUCUCCUAUCUCGGGGCCGGUUGUAACUCCAACGACCACAACAAACGCAGAUACUUCAACCAUUACUUCCUCUACUACCUCCACGACUACAACCACGACUACCACUACCACACCACCUCAUGUAGUCUUGAGUAAUUUUUACACUGCGCGCCAUAAUUAUAGAGCCACUUCAAUUUUUGUAAUUUUUCUGAUAUCCAUGAAAGUUCCAGAAUCCUUUCCAAUGUCUACCAAAGCGCAUAAAGAACUGAUCAAAAGGUGCAAACGUUUAUCAUAUGAGUUUAUUGAAGCUAACUUAAGUUGGCAAGUUUUUAUCAUGACUCCAUCCAAAAAAGUUAUUUUGCUCCGACGGGUCGCGAAUGUUAACUCAGAACUCUCAUCUGCAGUUUUGCGCUUCUUCGUUUCCAGAGGAUUCAUUUUCUCGUUUUUAUUGCAAAUAUUUUUUGGCGACGGUAGUUACGACAAAAAGCAGUGA